AGCGGGAUGUCAGGUGGUUGACUCUCUUCCUGUGGCCCUGCAGGUGAUGGCCAAGGUGAUGGAGAUGUACCAGCCCAGUGCUGUGGUUCUUCAGUGCGGUGCAGACUCUCUCUCAGGAGACCGCCUCGGCUGCUUUAACCUCACCAUACGCGGCCAUGCCAAGUGUGUGGAGUACAUCAAGUCCUUCAACCUCCCGAUGCUCAUGCUGGGCGGAGGAGGAUACACCAUCCGCAACGUGGCUCGCUGCUGGACCUACGAGACCGCUGUAGCUCUGGACACAGACAUCCCCGACGAACUGCCAUACAAUGACUACUUUGAGUACUUUGGGCCUGACUUCAAGCUGCACAUCAGCCCCUCCAACAUGACCAACCAGAACACACAGGAGUACAUGGACAAGAUCAAGCAGCGACUGUUUGAGAACCUGCGGAUGCUGCCUCAUGCUCCUGGAGUGCAGAUGCAGGCCAUCCCGGAGGACGCAAUCCCGGACGACACCGUGGACGAGGACACGGAGGAUCCUGACAAACGCUUGUCCAUUCGUGCCACGGACAAGAGGAUAGCCUGUGAUGAAGAGUUCUCCGACUCUGAGGACGAGGGGGAGGGAGGCAGGAAGAACGUGGCCAAUCACAAGAAGGGUGCAAAAAGGCCCCGAGUGGACGAAGACAAGAAGGAAGGAGAGGAGAAGAAGACCGAGAUAAAAGAGGAAGAGAAAACAAAGGACAUCGGCGCUGAGAAGACUGAGUCUAAAAGCAGUGUGAAGACUGAGCAGACCAGCAGUGCCUGAAUUCUUCUUCUUCUACUUCCACAAACACACACAAAACUCAACGGUGCUGUCCCCCCCCCCCCAAGGAUCCAACUCUUCACUGAAUCACUGUCGGAAGCAUUAUAUUUAUUAUGACUCUAUUUUCUACUUGUAAAUCUCUUGUGAAUCGUCCCUCCUUGUGCAGCGUAUCAGUGGAUUCCUUGAAUCCAACAUGCUAAUUAUGUCCUUUGAUACCCUGAACCGUGUUAUUCCAAUGUGCUUUAUCUUCUGAAGGAAACCUUGACUUAACUUGUGUGUAGGAAACUGUGGGUGAACCUGUAGAUGAACCUAGAAAGAGUUCAUGUUUAAAUUUCAAUAUUUUGUAUUCGUCAAUAAAACGUUUAUACUGUUUC